UGAAUAAUUAAAUUUUUUGUCAACUUUUAAUUUUUUUUUAAUAUACUUAUUAUUAUUUGAUUUACAAUAUACACUAUAUAUAUAAUCAAAAUAUGUCGGCAAAAGUAUCGGCAAAAGUGUCUACAAAAGUACCGUUUAUGCGGUCAUGUCUUCAGGAGUGCUCGGAUACCAUCGAAACUACUGUCACCGGUAUUAUUCCCGACUGGAUUAACGGUACACUAAUACGGAACGGUUGCGGCCUUCAAGAGGUUGGACCUGAUCGGUAUAAGCAUGCCUUCGACGGGUUAGCACUGUUGCAUCGGUUCCGGAUCAGUGACGGUCGGGUUGAAUAUCAGAAUCGUUUUCUGCGUAGCGAUGCCUAUGUCAAGAAUAUGCGCGCCCAGCGUAUAGUGGUCAGCGAAUUCGGUACCCGAGCCCAGGCCGACCCGUGUCAGUCUAUUUGGCAACGGCUGGCCAGUCGGUUUAUACCGUCGUCCUCCAGCGAGUUGACCGACAACGACGCUGUCAAUGUUUAUCCUGUCGGCGAUCGACUAUACGCAGCCACUGAGACCAACUUUAUCCGACAGGUAGACAUGGAUACACUGGCCACCAUUGGCGAUAAGGUUGAUCUGAGUCGCUUAGUGGCCAUCAAUAUGGCCACUGCACAUCCGCACGUUGAUCCGGACGGCUCCGUCUACAAUAUGGCAACGAGUUUUGGACGUAACGGCAAAUAUCAUAUAAUUAAGAUACCAAACGGCGGCGGCGGCGGUGAACAGCCACUGGAAAACAUGUCGAUUGUUGCCUCAGUACCGAUGAAACGUCCACUCUAUCCGUCCUACUAUCACAGCUUCUCCAUUACUGACAACUAUUUUAUACUUAUUGAACAGCCGUUGGUUAUGUCGGUACCGACAAUGACGAUCAGUCCGUUGACUGGCCAUUCGUUUAGCGAAUGUAUGUCGUGGACGCCGGCCUACAAAACCCGAUUUCAUUUGAUUCGCCGAUCUGAUGGUCAACUUGUGGACAACAACAUCGACUAUGUGGCCGACGAGUCGUUUGCUUUUUUCCAUACCAUCAAUGCCUAUGAAGACGAUAACGGAAAUCAAUUGGUAAUCGAUAUCUGUUGCUAUCCGGACGGCAAUAUUAUCAGUGCGUUGAGUGCCGACAACUUUCGUAAGGUCUACGAAAAAGGUUUCAAAUUUGGUGCCGAAUCUAAUGUCCGAAGAUUUGUUUUGCCACUGCAAAUGAUUGACCAUAAAAAUCAGUUCACAUCAAAGUCCGGCAACAAUAACAACAAAAAUCUGGUCACUCUAACGGAUACUAAAGCCGAAGCUUAUGUAGUUGACAGAAAAAAAUCUGAUGGCGAGUCCCUAACUAUUGUACUCAAACCGGAUAUACUGACAAAGUCGGGUAUAUUUGUGGGUGAAUUGGCUCGUAUUAAUUACUUAUUAAAUGGUAAAAAAUAUAGAUAUUUUUAUUCAUUGUAUAACACGGGUGUCUACGGUAACGAUAUUAAAGUUAAAUUGAUGAAAUUUGAUACAAAAACAAAUGAACCGAUUUUCUGGUMCGAAGACAAUACCCAACCAUCGGAACCGAUAUUCAUUGAAAAGCCGGGAGUCGACUAUACAAACCCGGACAACGAAGACAAUGGAGUAGUAGUGGCGUCGGUAUUGUCUGAAUUGGACGAAAGGGAUGGCUUUCUACUGGUAUUAGACGGCAAAACAUUCAACGAGUUGGGUCGGGCAUCGUUUCGGACACCGUCAUCAAUACCCGGCACUUUUCACGGAUAUUUUGCUAAUUGAUUUUAAAUAAAAAAACAUUUGUUAGACCCGUAACUACCAUAUAUUAUGCUAUACUGUAUAAAAAUAUAUUUAAUUUAUAAUUAAUUACAUAACA